AUGUACAAGCUGCCAAGAACUAGCUGUACACCACAACCCUCGCAGAAGGCCGAUUUCAUGGCUUCUUGCCAAUUUUGCCUGCAGCUGAGGCGUGCCGGCGUCAUUGAUUCCCGCGCGUCCGCGGGUCGCGGUGUGCUCGAGGUGCUUCCCGCUCGUGUUGGCGUCCAGGGAGAAAUGGCUGGAGGAAAGGGCAAAGCCGGCAAGGAUUCUGGAAAAUCCAAGUCAAAAGUGAUCUCACGUAGUGCUCGGGCUGGUCUGCAAUUUCCAGUCGGUAGAAUUCAUCGUUUUCUCAAACAAAGAACUACUUCGACUGGACGUGUUGGAGCUACUGCAGCCGUUUACAGCGCUGCUAUUCUUGAAUAUCUGACUGCUGAGGUUUUGGAGUUGGCUGGAAAUGCUUCAAAGGAUCUCAAGGUGAAGAGAAUUACCCCCAGGCAUCUUCAUCUUGCCAUUCGAGGAGACGAAGAACUCGACACAUUAAUCAAGGCUACUAUCGCUGGAGGAGGUGUCAUCCCUCACAUCCAUCGUUACCUGAUGAACAAGAAAGGACAACCGCAGCCUGGGCAGAAGGUCGUAGCUCCCCCACCCUAGACACUGGAGGUGAUCGUAUGUUCAGCAAUCAUUGUGUACUACAAGUCACGAUUGCUAAAAUCCGAUGCCUUUUUGCAAUGAUUUUGUUCUGUCACAUUUUGGUACAUUACGUCAUCUUAAAGCAUUCUUGUGUGUUUAUUGUGCGUUUAUUUUUGCUUUGUCGAAAAUAAAGGGAAUUUACACUCACUU